AUGAGUUCGCUUGCUCGCUCUGGACUGCGCUCCGCUGCCCGCUCGGCUACCCACCUGCGUGUGCCUGCGCGCACGCUCACUGUGCUUGCCUCGCGCGCAGCGCGUGUGGCGCCUGUGCCCGCGCGAUCGGUCCCUGCGGCUGUGCGUGGCAUGAAGACGCUGGACUUUGCCGGUACACCCGAGAAGGUGUACGAGCGUGAGGACUGGCCGCUCGAGAAGCUGCACGACUACUUCAAGAACGAGACGUUUGCGCUGCUCGGCUACGGCUCGCAGGGCCACGGCCAGGGCUUGAACCUGCGUGACAAUGGCAUGAACGUGAUUGUCGGUGUGCGCAAGGACGGUGAGUCGUGGCGCCAGGCGAUCGAGGAUGGCUGGGUUCCUGGCAAGAACCUGUUCUCGAUUGAGGAGGCUGCGACGAAGGGCACGAUCCUCAUGAACCUGCUCUCGGACGCUGCGCAGACCUCGACGUGGUCGCACCUGCAGCAGUUUGUGACGAAGGGCAAGACGCUCUACUUCUCGCACGGUUUCUCGAUUGUGUACAAGGACCAGACGAAGGUGGUGCCUCCCGCCGACGUGGAUGUGAUUCUGUGCGCGCCCAAGGGCUCGGGCCGCACCGUGCGCACCCUCUUUAAGGAGGGCCGCGGCAUCAACUCGUCCGUGGCCGUGUUCCAGGACGUGUCGGGCCAUGCGCUCGAGAAGGCCGUUGCGAUCGGUAUGGCCGUCGGCUCUGGCUACAUUUACGAGACCACGUUCGAGAAGGAGGUGUACUCGGACCUGUACGGUGAGCGUGGCUGCCUCAUGGGCGGUAUCCAGGGCAUGUUCAAGGCGCAGUACGAUGUGCUGCGCGCCAACGGCCACUCGCCGUCGGAGGCGUUCAACGAGACGUGUGAGGAGGCGCUCGAGUCGCUGUAUCCCCUCAUUGCGCAGAACGGUAUGGACUACAUGUACAAGGCCUGCUCGACGACGGCGCGUCGCGGUGCCCUUGACUGGGCGCCCGAGUUCGAGGCGGCGUGCAAGCCCGUGUUUGAGCGCCUGUACGAGAGCGUGAAGACUGGCGCCGAGACGCGGCGCGCGCUCGAGUUUGGCUCGCGCAAGACCUACCGCGAGGACUACGACAAGGAGACGGACGCGAUUGCUGACCAGGAGAUGUGGCGCGUCGGUCACGUCGUGCGCGGCCUGCGUCCCAACCGCAAGUAA